AUGGGCACGCACCGCCCGCGCGCCGCGCGCUUCCCGCGGGCGGCGGCCAUGGAGGGACCGGCGGCCAUGGAGGGACCGGCGGCCGCGGAGGGGGAGGCGGCGGGCGGGGGGGCCCUCAGCGGCGCCGAGAAGGAGAAGCUGAGGGAGAAGCUGGCGCUGCUGAGGAGGGAGUACAGCGAGACCGUCAGCCGGCUGCGGCGGGCGCGGCGAGCCGAGAGAGCCCGGAGCUACGGCCGGGGCACGGCGGCGGAAGGAGGCCGGCGGGAGCGGAGCCCCGCAGGUUCUAGAGAUAACAUAUCUCCUAGUGCUGACAAACAUGAAACUUCUCAGUUACAGACUAAAACCUGCUCUGAUCUUGACGCAGAGAAGAAAACAUCUGUCGCAUUUAAACAUGUACCCGAAUUCUCCAAUAAUGAGAUUAGCCUGCAGGACAGCUCGCAGGCAGAAAGCAUACAGGCUAGCCCGGAAAACCUGUGCUGCGGAAUUGUUAGGCCUGCCCCUGAGGAGAAAAAACCCCAAACCUCCAGAAGCUUGAUGAAGCUGAGGAGACGGACGAAGGCUCUGGUAUCGGAGGAAGGGGAAUCAGUGCGUGAUGUGCAUCUAAUCAGCGCUGAUGAAAAGGUGAAAAAUCAAAUUGCCAGUACAGAGGAACUUCGGUCACCAGUCUUCAGGCGAAGCGGUCUCUCGAACACUGAGGAAAACGCUCAAAGAGCAUCCAGACCAGCCCUUGUGCAGAGAGAAGAAAACAGUUUCACUCCUCCUGAUGCAGCAUUAGGAGUUGUACAAGACAUGCUUGAAGACAGCGUCCCUCCAGGAGUGCCUGAGCGGCUCCUCUGCGCGCUGAGGGACAGCAGCGAUGUCUGGCAGCCUGAGUCCCUGAGUGCUGUGGCCACACCUGAUAACCGUGAGCCUGCACAACUGUGUUCAGAGAAUGAUGACUCUGUUUUACUUGACACCAGUGGUGAUGGAGGAAAAGAAUCUUUCAGUAUAAUAAAACAAAUGGACGGUGAAAGUAUGUGUGAAGAUCAGGGAGAAUUACAUAAGCUCUUGGAUUUUAUGUCAGAAAAUGAAGUAUUGCCUGCUGACGGAAAUAAUACUGUAACUAAUGAGAGCAAAAGCCAUGAAGGAAAUCAAAGUGGCACUAAUAGCUUAAAUCCCUUUCCUACAGAUCUUGCUCUGGGCAACGUUGAAGAACUGUUGGAGAAUCAACAGCUUGAAAUUCGGUCAAGAAUUUCUCGUCCAGAAAAGGUGACAGCUCCUGAAAGCUCACUGAACUCUUGCACGGUGGUUGAAGGGCUUCUUUUUCCGGUUGAAUACUACGUUAGGACAACGCGACGCAUGUCUAAUUGCCAGAGGAAAGUGGACCUCGAUGCUGUAAUUCUUAGCCAGCUGGGCAGAAGCAAGAAAGGUCAGCGAAGUAAGUGCAAGCAGAAAGAUACAAAUUCAGGUCGGCCCUCCCAAGAAAGAGUUGAAAAUGAUUUGGAGUCAGGGGUCGUGCCGUUCCCUUUUCUUGGCGCAGAAAAUGAUCCAGCAAAUUCAAGUAGUCCUCAGAAAUCUCUCUCUGCAUCCAGUGGUAGCAGCACUUCACUUGGAUCGAUUUCUCAAAAUGGUAUCACUAGCAUAAAGAGAGAUCAGAGACGAUCACAGAGGAAACAAAAGGGAAGAAAGUCCACCUGCAAACCCCCUGUGCAUCAAGUGUCACAGGAGCUUAUAGCGAGUUUGGAUCUCAUAACAACGAGGGAAAGCAGUAGUCUGCCAUCAAAUGAGUGUCAGAGUGAAAAGGAAAACUGUGAGGCUAAUCUUGAAAAAUCAUCUUCCGAUGAGAGAAGAUCGUCUGCUGCUGCAGCUCUUGGGUCUGGAGAGCCAGAAGUGACUGGCACUCUACAGCCAAUGAGUGCUGAUCCUCCUCCUGCAGGAAGCCAAGUGCCUGGCAAAUGCCGUAAGACUCUGUUAGAACAGGUUCAAAAUCCACUUCAGAACAGCGAUUCUCUGAACCCAGGGAAUGAAACUUUUGCCAACCAUAUAGGAGAUCUGGAAGCAAACUUAACUGUGUGCCAGGCUGAUAAACAUCCAGUGGAGCAUGUUAAGAACCAGCGCGUGCAAGGAGCCUGCAAGGCUGAGCAGCUCCCGGCGAUUGAUGUCCCUCUGCGCCGCUCCCUGCGUUCCUCUGCCAGACAGAGAGCCAGUCAAGUCUCAAAAGAUAAGAGCAAAAGAGGAUGUAGCUAUCCAACGGGUUCAGAGGGUUCUGCUUCUCUUGGCCUCCCUGCUAUGGACCCCGAUACUUGCGGCUCUCUUUUCUCCUUCCGCAGUCUCCAGUGGCUGGCCCCCAGACUGGGUAUCAGAGAGUUUCACUUACCGGAUGAGGAAUUUGGACUACUAAAACUUGAGAAAUUAGAAUCUUCCCCUGUGAAUGACUUGGAGGUUUUUGUUCCUAGUGUGUUUGGAGAUGGUGUGGCUUCAGAGGACGCACAAGAUGCACAAAUGAAUCCAGAAGGAAAAAGUCUCAGAAGUAACUUGAUUUCGCCUUUCGAAAAUGGAUUGCCCAAGUUACAUCAUGUAGAAAGCCCAGCUUCCAAGAAGGAACUUUCCACGCAUGAAUUGCUAUUUACUCCCAUAGGGACUGUCUUAGCUGAUGCUCCCACUCAGCCUGAGACUGAGAUUUCCUCAUCUGUUUUCCCUGUCGUGGGUGCAACCCCAGCUGUUUUACCAUCGGUAAGCAGUGAGGUAUUCCCCAAUGCACCUUCUGUACCUCCCCCGCAAGCGAGCCUGCAUUCCUCCAAAGGAGCGUCUGCCCAGGUUGUGGAUGAUGGGGAAUGCAAAGACUCUGCCAUUCCGUUGCACUUGGACAGCUGUGGUGCAGGAUCUGCUAGAAAAGAAGAGGAACAAGGUACAGCAUUUCCGUUAGAGGCUGAAAGAGGUCCCGAUAAUAAAUCUGAUGAGGCUGUGGCCUUGGAGAAGCAUCAGCAGUCAGAGAACAAACAGCAGAGAUCCUGCAGAACUUCUCCUGAACAGAAAAAAGAUGUAGCAGAACAGUUGACUCCGGUACUGCUUGAUGGCCUGAGAGAAGAGAGCUUGCAGCUUGUAUCAAAGCUAAAGGAUUCUUCAAGUUCCUGCGCUGUGGAUGUGAGUACCAUGUGGUGGGAAGCAGCUGGCAGGAGAGAGCUGUGCGUGGUGACUGCCUGUGAGAGUUCUGUCUCCCUGUGGAAACCUCUGGCAUCCGACCGCUGGGCAAAGGUCUAUACUUGGCAGCUUGGAGAGAUUCCCGUAAUACAGAUCGUUCCUCUGCCGGACACCUGUAAUCUCGUGUGUGUAGCAUUGGGAGAUUUGGAGAUUGGAGAAAUAAGGCUCUUGCUUUAUUCUUCUGAGACCGGCUCACUCAAGCAAUCACUAGUAAAAACUGGAAACAUAAAAGCUGUUCUUGGGCUAAAGGAUAGGAGGCUGGUCAGCAGCAGCAGGACCAUGCAAGAGCAGCAAGUGGAAAUAGUAUCGCUUUCAGAGACAGGAAGGAGCAAGGACGGACAGACUUUGAUGCCCCCCGAAGAAACUGUUUUAGCUUUUGCCGAAGUGGAAGGAAUGAGAGACGCCUUGGUUGGCACCACUGCAGUGAACAGCAUUGUUGUUUGGAAUUUGAAAACAGGCCAGCUCCUGAAGAAGAUGCACGUUGGUUACUCCUACCCAGCUUCCAUCUGCCAUCGAGCAUAUUCCGACUCUGGCCUUCUGUUUGUUGUUCUAAGUCAUCCACAUGCCAAAGAGAGUGAGUCCUGUGGAAACCCUGCAUUCCGCGUGAUAGCGUUCAACCCCAAAACAGCCAGGAGCGCGGGAGUGAUGUUCUCUUCCCUCCCCCCUGGGCAUGCGGGAAGGUACCUGGAGGGCGACGUGAAGGAUGCUUCUGCCGCCGCCGUGCUGACAUCGGGAGCCAUCGCCGUGUGGGACCUGCUGCUGGGGCAGUGCACGGCCCUGCUGCCCCCGGACCCGGAGGCGAGCUGGGCACUGGCCCGCUGGGCCACCACCGGUGCCUGCCUGCUGGCCGGGCAGCGGGAUGGGACUGUCUGCCUGUACCGCUACCGGCAGCCCCAGCCCGGAGCGGCCUGA